UACUGGAAAUUAAAGUUAGAAGUUAGAAUUGCAUUAUUUGGCAACAAGGUACAUCAAAUUCGCUGCUGUGUCCUUCCAGCGUUCGCCAGAUUUUUAUUUAUCGUCGUCUCAAUUUUGCUUUCCGAUAAUUCUGCUCAAAUUUCAAACCAUUUUCUUUGUUGGAUUGCGACUUGCUGUUUCGCUGCUUGGGAGCUGAAGUGAAGCAAUGGCAUCCGAUCAACAGCAGCCCGUUCUAUCUUCCUUCGGAAAGAUUGGACAUUCAUCUGGUGAGAUUGGUGAUGCCGAGGAGCCUUUGGUUUUUGUUGAAUCUAAAAAUUCAGAGAACUACUCUGUCACGGCUGCAAUCUUACCAUUUUUAUUUCCAGCUCUUGGAGGACUACUUUUUGGCUAUGAUAUUGGUGCAACAUCUUGUGCUACAAUUUCCAUAAAGUCAGCAUCAUCUAGUGGAAUAUCAUGGUACAACUUAUCUUCUGUGGAAUUUGGUCUUGUAACUAGCGGUUCCUUAUAUGGUGCCUUGAUUGGCUCUGUCUUGGCUUUUAAUGUUGCUGAUUUUCUAGGGAGAAGAAGGGAGCUGAUUCUCUCCGCUUUACUGUAUCUUGUUGGAGCUAUCGUAACAGCACUUGCUCCUGACUUUGCUGUUUUGAUAAUUGGGCGCCUCAUAUAUGGAACAGGAAUUGGACUGGCAAUGCAUGCAGCACCAAUGUACAUCGCUGAAACUUCCCCCAGUAAGAUACGCGGGCGAUUAGUCUCUCUCAAAGAGUUUUUUAUAGUAAUUGGAAUAGUUGUGGGUUAUGGCAUUGGUAGUCUUUUAGUUGAAGUGGUUGCUGGUUGGCGCUACAUAUAUGCAGCCAGUACCCCUAUUGCAUUGGUCAUGGGAGUCGGAAUGUGGUGGCUACCAUCAUCUCCCAGGUGGCUACUUUUAUGUGCCAUACAGAGAAAAGGAAAUACACAGGAAUUGAAAGAGAAAGCUAUAAGCUGCUUGUACCGGCUACGGGGUCCAGUUUUUGGCGAGAAAGCUUCUGAAGAAGUGGAUGAAAUUUUGGAUGAGCUCUCUUUUCUUGGUGAAUCAGAGGGAGCAACAAUAGGGGACAUAUUUCAAGGAAAGUGCUUGAAGGCCCUAAUAAUUGGUUCAGGAUUAGUAUUGUUUCAACAGAUAACUGGUCAGCCAAGUGUGCUAUAUUAUGCAUCCUCAAUCUUUCAGACUGCAGGAUUCUCUGCAGCUUCAGAUGCAACACGGGUGUCAAUUUUACUUGGCUUGUUGAAGCUAUUUAUGACUGGAGUAGCUGUUCUUGUUGUUGAUAGACUUGGAAGGAGGCCUUUACUCCUUGGAGGUGUAUCUGGGAUUGGGAUCUCUUUGUUCCUCCUUGGAUCGUAUUACCUUUUCCUGGACCAUGUGCCUGCUGUGGCUGUAGCUGCGCUCUUGCUAUAUGUUGGUUGUUACCAGCUGUCUUUUGGUCCCAUUGGUUGGUUAAUGAUUUCAGAGAUUUUCCCUCUGCGACUGAGAGGUCGGGGGCUCAGCAUAGCAGUGCUUGUGAAUUUUGGAUCAAAUGCUAUUGUGACGUUUGCCUUUUCUCCCUUAGAGGAGUUGCUUGGACCUGGAAUUCUGUUUUUCAUUUUUGGCGUGAUAGCCAUUCUGUCUCUCAUCUUUAUAUUCUUCAUUGUACCGGAGACAAAGGGACUGACCCUCGAGGAAAUUGAAGCUAAGUGCCUCUAAACUCAAGUUAUCUGCAGAACUUGAAGCAAAAUAGAGAUAUGUCCUAUACCAUCUCUUACUGAAAGUUCUAAAUUUGUAGAUUGAAUUUGAUUGUACUGAUGUUCUAGGUACCUAAGAGCUGAGAUCUUUCGCUGUUGAUGUGUAUUCGCCGUUUGUUUUCAACUUAAUAAGUAGGCAGGGCAAUGGGUCAACCGAAUAUUUGAUGCCUGCGGCACUUCGUCGCUUUAAUUGGUUAUGAGUUAUUUAUGAAGAUCAUUCUAGUAUUUUCAAUGUAGAGAAGUUCGAAAUCGAGCAUAGCUUAAGUAGAUAAGACGCCUAUUAUCAUCCUUAAAGUUGAUGAUUCGAUCUCUUGCUCCUGCAAUUGUUGUACUCAAAAUAUAUAUAUAUGUAUGUUAUCGUUUGUGGAA